AUGGUGGACCCAAACGAACUGCUUCCACCGCUCAAACAAGCUCUAGAUAACCCUGGUUUAGAUCCAAUUAUUGCUGUCCAAUCUCUCGAUAUACUCAUACAACUCUUUUGGGAUAAAAGCGUGGACGCGCUAUACAAACAGCAGGUUGUACUCUGUCUGGCAUCUGCUUAUCCGCAUAUCCUCAAGUUCUCCGUACAACAUCAUGGUCAGUCCCAAGCCUGGUUUAAAUUUCAGGGCGUCAAAGCUUCUAUCCUUCCACUCAUUGACCAGAAGACCGCUCCUCUCGGUCUACGUCUCUCCGCUAUCAAGUUUGCUCAACGUUGCGUCGCUCUCCAAUCAAGACCACAGAAUAGGGGUUCUUCAAAGGACACUAGUAUUAUCUUAGUCCAUGGUAAUCACCCCUACAUCGAUACCACCGGUCUCGAGAAGGAGAACACUACGACGUUGCACGCACUUCUCACUCUAAUAUUCACGCCUCAAAAGCUCUCAAUUGUUACUGCUACAAUCAACGUACUCGGUAUACUUGCCAGACAGCGGCCUCAGUAUGCAGCUGCGAUCGCGCCAGCCUUGGCAACUUGGACACCAGCACCUUUACAGACGAUGGUGAAUAAUCCAUCACAACUCAAGUCAGUAGAGAAGUUACUCUAUGGUGUGCUUAAACAUCUCGUUAAAGUCGGCUUGACUGGCAACAGCACGCCUACUGUCAUGGAAUCACUCUCAAAACAGGCCCACAGAAUAGAACAACUAUCGCGUGAAGAGCAAAUUAAGAAGAAGGCGAUGAAGCGCUCUCUUGCUGAAGCAGCUCCUAGUAUCAAAUCAUUAGAUCUCAAGCGUCAACGCACUAAUGAUCAAUUACCACAUGUAUUCGGUGGCAGCUCUCCUAAAAUUGACAUAGACGUAACGAAGUUACCACUUGAAACGGUUGUUGAAGGUCUUAUUGAAAGUUUGAAGAAUGUCAGCGAGCAGGAUCUCGAAAUUGCCAUUAGGAAGUCACGCGAGAGGAUCAAAACGGAGGAAAUGAAAUCCAGUACUUCUGAACAAGGACAACCAUCUCAUACUCAAACGAUUAGUGAAGCUGGUCCGUCUAGACAACCACAAGAAGCGAUGGAAGUUGACGUUAAGCCUAUUGAUCCACUCAAGGUUGAGAUAGAUGAUGAUGAAUUAGAUGACGAUGUUGAUGGUAUAAAUCGUAAUUUGAAUGAUACGGUAGCACCAUCUGGAGAAGCUCAACAAGCUAUACAAAAUCAAUCAAGCGCCGUAAAUACAGGUACUAAAUCGAAAGCUCAAUCAUUACUCAGCGCAAUGCAAAAAGUACAAAAUCCAACUUCUCUCGAUAAUAAUGAUAGACUACUCGUUAUAAGAAAUGCUAUUGCAAGAAUAUGUAAAUCAAUUCCGCAAAAAGUUCUCACAGAUAGUGCUGAAGAGGAUAUACGUAGAUCUACUAUAAAAUUCUAUGGUAGAGAUCUUUGGUCGGUAGUUUUAGUGAGACUACUCACAAGAGGUUUAUCGUCAAUCAGUAAAGAUACUGAAGAUGAACAACUACAAUUAGAAAAGCGUGCUAAAGAUACACUUAUUGAUUUUAUUAGUUUGGACUUUGAUAGGCGAUUUAGUAUUGCCAUUUUAUGGUUAAAUGAAGAAUGGUACAAUUAUACCCUUAGAAAGAAAGACGAUAGUGAAGCAAAUCUUGAUAGCUAUAACGAACUCUUAACAAUUCUAGUUGAAAGACAAAUAUCUCAAUUAUCGAAUAAUAGUUCAAGUAUUUCAAGUGCAGCUUUUGUUAAGUUUAUUAUGGAUUUACCUGUAAUAAGUCAAGAUAGUCUAAAUAAAAUUAAAGAGAUUUGUUUAGAUAGUGAAAGCUUAAAAGCGCCAAUUGGUUUUGUCAUACUUAGAGAAUUGGUUUCUAUGCGCUUACCUGUCAGACAACAAUCACUCGAAAUAUUGUUAAUGUUGGCCGUACAUCCAGAUUUAAAGACUAGAAGAGCGGCAGUCAAUUCAGUAAGAAAAUGGGUACCUGAGAAUGAACAACUGUCACCAAAAGUUAUUGAAUUUGCACUCAAAUCUCUUCAUAGUUUGUAUCAGGAUCAAGAAGAUUUCUUAUCUAGUCUGGUCGUGAAGAAGGAUGACGACAUUGAAGUGAAAAAGGAAAAGGAAGAUGAUCGGGUCGUGAAGAAAGAACGAUCUGAUUCGUCUCAACCAAUGGAAGAAGAUGGCAAGGAAGCCACAACUCCACAUUUGGAAAUAACAGCUGAAGAACGCGCAAAGGCAAUCGACACGAGAGUAUUAGAGCGCUCAGAGUUAGCAUUCUCAUUAUGUCUACGAUCAACAGAUAUUUUGAAAGAUGUUUUCGCUGUAUAUACAAAAUUAUCACUAGAUUUAAAAGAACCCUUUGAAAGAGCUUUAACGCCAUUAAUUAGAGGAUUGGGUUCAUCUAACAAGAGCCUACUAUCUAUAUUGAAAACAUUUAAUCAAGAAUCUGAGCCAUUAGCACUCAGGAUCUUGAAUGUAUUAACCGACUUUGGUAAGGAGAAGCCAAGUCCUGAGCUCGUCACCUUUAUUAGGGAAUUGGGUGCUGAGCGUGGUGGUGAAGUUGAUCCACGGUUCGUCAUACCAAUUUUACAGGAACUUACAAAGGAUGAAAUGAUAACUGAGUUGCCUCGUAUUGUCAAGCUACUCAAGGAUGACGAAAAUAAGCAACUGAUCAAGAACGUUUUCAGUUCGGUUGUUGAACCACCUCAGUCAUUUGGUAGUGUCAACACUAAUGUUGUUCGUGUCGAUAAGGAUAAGCCGGACAAGAUUACACCUGCUGAGUUACUCACUAUUUUGCAUGAACGUGAAACGGAGAUCGGCUUGAAGGAGACAAUGAUAGCAAUCGCAAUAUGUUUCUCUUUGACAGAUAUAUUCAGAUCAGACGUUCUCGCAAUUUUCAUGCAAUCAAUGUCAGAAGUCAAGGUUCUACCUAAGCUCUUCAUGAGGACGGUUAUACAAGCUGUGACGACUUAUAAGACAUUGGUACCAUUCGUAUCCACGAACUUGUUCUCAAGGUUGAUAACGAGAAAGAUAUGGCUUACGCCAGUUAUGUGGGAAGGUUUCGUAAGGUGUGCAAGAGCAAUAGCACCUGCUUCAUUCGGCGCUCUCCUGCAGUUACCGCAAGACACACUAAGGGAUGUGAUAAAGAAGCAACCUGCACUUAGAUCAGGAUUACAUGAAUAUAUACUAAGGAAAGCACCAAAGUCAUCACAAAUACUUAAGAUAUUUGAGGAAUUACCACCUGCAACGGCGACGCCAUCACAAAAUUCUCGUGAAUCGUCGGCUCAAGCAUCUUAA